AUGAUGAGAUGGGAAGAAGAAUCACUUUAUUUAGCCAUCCUCUUUUCAGUAAUGCAAUUACUAUAGUUAUCUUAUUUGGCCUUCGGCCCUAAGAUAAUGUAUGUUUGGAACAAUCAAAAUGCAGCAAUGAAUCUGAAAAGCAUUUUUAGGUAAGAAUAUUAAUAAUAACUAGCUAUUUCAUAAUAAGCUCUCACUUGAUAGGACAGGAAUUUCAGCUUUACUUAACCAUAUUCUACCUCUUCUUCGGUUUGGUGCUUUUAGCAAUAGUGUUAUUUGUCGUCUUUGCAUUCGCUUUAAAGGUACCUGUACUGCCCUUAUUGCUACUAAAAGUCUUGUUGAAGCUCUUUUUAACCGUAGGAUUUCUUCCAAUUAUGCUAUUAUUUUUUGGAGUACAUAUUAUAUUUUCUACAUUUCUAGCUUCUCUCUUGUCAAGUGAACAGUGAAGGAGCGAAUAUUUGGUUUUAUAAUUCAGACAUAGAAUGUUGGGGAAAUGAACACUACAUCCACGGUAUUUUUGCAAUAGUCGCCAUCUUCAUCUUUCAGAUUCUGACAAGUUCUACCUGCUUAAUUUACUUUGAGAGUAAGUGUGCUUAUGGAAAUGCUUAUGCUCAGAGAUCCGGAAGACCGUAUUCUUAUUACCACAUCAAUGUUUUCAUAAUCAUAAUGUCAUACCAAUUACUUGAAUUACCCAGAUUCAGUUCCUUAUUCUUGACUAUCUACAUUCUAUCAAGCUUUUUUCUAUUUUAUUAAAUCCAUACAGAAAAGCCCUUCUACAAUAAGGUAAUUCAAAAAUUAUGGUCAAUAAUUACUGCUUUGAAUUUUUGGACUUCCAUUAUGCUAUUAUUUGCUCAUCUUUUGGAGGGCCAAUACUUUAGAGAUGUCAUUUGGGGAUGGAUAGGCGGUGUACCACUAAUUACGUUGAUUAUAAUAAAUGAGCAAAUUUUUGAAGUUGAUCUAUUGGGUUCAAAUAUCAACAGAGCAAUAUCAGGACAGUAGAUAAUUAUUCUCUGCGAGUAUUUGCUAUCCUUGUUGGAUAAGAAUGAUCAGCAUUCAUUAUUAAUGUUAGAUGGGUUCAUUGAAAUACACAAACAAACCUGUUAUAGGAAUGAUUGCGUAUUGAAAUCUAAAAAGAUUCUGAAUGAGAAGAAUAAGCAUUCUUCUCUUUAGGAUAUGGAAAGAUACACUGUAUUUAUAGAAUUAAUUAGCCAAAUGUACUAUGAUGGCAUUAAACAAUUCCCAUAGGAUGUAUUUUUAAGAUUAAAUUAUUCAUAUUUUCUAAUUGAUAGAUUAAAAUUAAAAUAGUAGGCCUUGACUGAAUUGCAAUAGGCAGAACAAAGUGGUCCAAGCUUUGAUCAUGAAUUCAUCAUCUAUCGGUAUAAGCGAAUACUGGAAGACGAUUUGCAAGAACAGCAACAGGAGAAUUUGAAUCAAGUUGAUUUAGUCACUGAGAUAGCCUUUCAAAAUCAGAGCAAGUAACUGAUUCAACAAAUAGAGAAGACAUCACUUGUAUAUAUAGAUUUCUGGGCUCAAUUACAGGAAGAAAUCCCUGAUAUUGGGAGAAUCAAGAUUUUGGGAUUUAAAAUUCUGGACUCAGUAAACUUAGUUUAAGAAUAAUGGAAUAGAUUAAGGAGAUUGAAUUAGAAGGCUUCAAAGUUGAAUCGCUUGAUGGGGAAAUACUAUUCCCAAGUAUUAAAUGAUGAAGAAAAUGGGAUUAAAUUGAUUCAAUUAAGUAGAAUGAAUUAGAAUGAUAAGUUUAAGGCUAUAGAUUUGGAAGAGAUCGCAAAUGAGUGUCUAGCCACAAUAACAAUUUUGACUGAUGUAGAUAAAAUUGGAACGAUUAGCAAUCUUAAUAAGGCAGCAUGCAGUUUGCUUGGCUAUGCUAAAACUGAUUUAGUGAACAGGAAAUUAAAUUUGAUAUAACCAGAUCUGUAAUUAUAAAUACCUAAUCAAUAGUUUCUCGAAGUAUCACGAUCACUUUCUUGAGAAUUUUCUAGACAAAUAUUAAGACAGCUAUUCGAAUUAAUAGGUUAAAGAAAAAUCAAUUUAUGUUAAAAAUAAGCAAGGGUACAUAAUCCCUUGUCAAUUACUAAUAAGAAUGAUAUAAACCAUUAAUUCAGGUGUUUUUAUGUGUGGGACAAUCAGACAGGAUAUAUACCAUAAACCCUUGGGCAUAUUUUUAUGCUAAACCAAUGGAAUAAUAGAAAACAUCAACUCUACUUGCAUAAGAAUGUUUGGAUUGGAAUUGAAAUCGAUCACAAUCAAGCCUAUCAAUAUAUUGGAUAUCUUUCCAGAUAUAUUAGAACGCAAAGAGGAAUUGCUAUAGAAGGCAGGUGGGAUUGUAAGUUAUACAUUUAGAACUCGAUCAUCCAGGAAUGAUGCAUCUCAUAAUUCCUUAUAAGAUUUGGAUAUAGAGCAUUCAGAAGUAUUUGAGAACUCAAGUAAAUAAUAAAUAUUGUAUUAAUGCUUUUUACAAGAAAUUAAAUUUUAAUGCAUAGAGGAUGAAAUCAUCUAAAAUAAAUUACAAGGCUAUAUUAUCAAAUUUGAGAAGCUGAAAUCACAAGAGAAAAUCUAAUUGCACACUCAAAAUAAACCAACUUAAAAUUAGUUUUAAUUCAAAUUCAAUUGUCAAUCCUUAACUUAUGUGCUUGAUUGCGCAAAUGGAGUAGAUUCUUAGGAUGUCACAGUAAAGGUAGAUUAAAGUAUAUUUUGGGAGGAUCAAACAAAAAUAUCGUAAUAAAUAACAAAUGAUCCUUAAGUGCAAGGCAGUGAUAAUUAAAAGAAUUAUGGAGAAGGAAUCAAGAUUGUCAGAUUGAUUGGAGAUCGCAUAGUUGAAAUAGAAGAAUCAAAGUCUGAGGAAUAUGAAGAUGAUAAUAUGCAAAGUCUGAUUGAAUAGAAUGAAAACCAUGAUCAAGAUUAAAAGAAUGAGAAAGAAACAGUGAAUUUAUAUAGAUCAAAAGGUCAAUUAGAUCAUCUGUUAUCUCAAUCGAAACUACCUAGAACUGCAAUCAAUUUGAUAGUAUUCACAAAUAUAAUAAAUACAGUUUUGUUGCUGAUAGCCUUCUUGGAAUAUUUCUUAAACCUAGAUUACUACUAAAAUCUAAUAGACUCCAUACCUUUGGUCUCCUAAAACAAUCAGAGAUCAAGCACUUUAAUGAGCAUUUAAUCAAUCGUUUAGGAUCUGAAAGUGCUGCAUUAUGACUAAUACCCUUUGUUGAAAGACCCUUAGGCUGGGUAUCUGAAUGUCGAAAAGUAAUUUAGAGGGUGGUUUGAUAAAGAAUUAUAAUAGUUGAUAAUGUUAUAGAAGGAAUUGACUUUGGUAUCAGCUGAGAUUAAUGAAAAUUAUUUAGAGUUUGAAGAUCAAUACAAUAUGUAGAAUAUUAAAAUGGCGUCUUUAGAAGGAGGAGCUUAAAAUUACACUUUUAAUGAGGCAGUCUAAUCUGCAAUAGCUAAGGCUUUGUAGAUCAAUAGUAGUUCUCUUGAAGAGAUCAGCGAUCAGAAUAGUGAUGUUUAUUAUAUAGAGUACAAUGUUUUCAAUUCUUUAACUUAAAAUUUAAUUAUUCCAGCUCAAUUUUAUAGAUACAACAUAAUAUCAAGAAGUGAAAUCUUAGAUACGUCAGCAACAGCUCUUUUAACAGCAGCAUGCAUCGUUUUAUUUAUAUUGUAACGUUUUUCAGAUAUGCUAGGAUAUGUUCUAAUUUGCUGUUCAUAAUCAAGAUCGAAGUAGUCAAUUAAGCUGCUUUGUAACUAUUUUUGGACUUAGAUGAGAAGAAGAUAAAAUCCAUUUAUUGUAAAUGCGAGAAUUUCAUCACAAGUCUUCAAGUAGGAGAAGAAGAUGACGAUGAUGUAAGAUGCAAUCAUUAAAUUAUAUAGUUCUUCUCAGACAAUGAUGAAAAUGAAGAGGAAAACGAAAAUAAAGAAAAAGAUGAUGGUAAUCACUUACUAAAUGGAAGGAAAAAGAAGAAGAAGUUUAGAAACUCCAAUUAAUAUUAUAAGCAUUUGAUAUUGGCUUUGCUUAUUGUAGUUGCAAUUAUGAGUGCUUAUUUCACUUUCUAAUUUGUUUCAGUUUAGGUACAUUCUACUUAAUUAUUUUUAAGUCUGAAACUUCCAGCAUCAUAGACUUAAUACCAGUUUUUAAUUAGACUUCUUUUGCUGAAUGCUAUUACAGAUUCUCUGAUAAUGCCCUAAGAAAAUCAUUCGAAGUUGAAUAAUACACUUUUGUUGGCAACUCUUCAAUGCAUGUUCUGAACUAAUUGAUUUCUGAAUUGUAUAAUUUAGAUGCAGCCAUUCAUUAAAUUCAUUCUACCAAUUCAGACAUUCUGGAUUCAUCAUACUUAGAUGUAAAUUCCAAUUAAAAUUAUAUAGGUGUUCAACGAAAUUUUUAUCUUAACUCCUUGUGUUUACAUUGUUCAAAUUGAUCAAGAAAUUGAUUACGAUACUUGUUAAAAUUUUAAUGACGGGGUUUUAUAACAGGGUCUGUCUAUUGGAAUGGCAAAGUAUUUUGAAAGUUUUAGACAACUUUUGAACUCUUAUAGUUCCUUUAAUUAAUCGGAUGAUUACACUCUGACCUAUUAGAUUUCUGAAAAUAAGAGAUUGAAUUACAUGAUGAAUUUAGCUAAUACUGAUUAGGCUCAUAAUAUGAGAUUGAUGCAGCAAAGGUACAUUAAGGCUGCUUACCAAUACAUAGAUUAGGCAUUAACUUAAUCAGUGUAAAAAAAUGCCAACAAUAAUAAGAGUUUGAAAGUUGCACUCUUUAUUAGUUUCAAUAUAUAUCUCUUUUUUUUAUACUUUUUUAUUUGGAUUCCCCUUAUAUUCCGUAUCUUAGGUGACAUGCUCAAAAAUCGAUUAACCCUAACAAUAAUACCAUUACAAGUAAUUCAUCGAACUGCAUCAAUAAGACAAUACAUAAGGAAAAUUAUUAAUCAUUGA